UGUCUGGAUAAGCUACUCAAGUGUCCAGCCAACACCAUUGCUGAACAACUAUAUUGCCUUCCUGUGAACAGGUCAGCUUGGCGGAUUCUCUCUGUCCUUGCCGUGUAACCUACUAUCCCAUCUUGUUUGGAGCUACAUCCCAAGCGAUGCUGGCCAGCUUAAUAGGCAGCUAAGAAUAUGGCGCUUCUGCAGUCCUCUCUAAUCUGGAUCGGAUAUGCAAUUGUCAUAUCUAUCCUGGUCGCAGCUGUCUCUAUUUUUGUAUAUGUGUACCAGAGUCCUCGCGAUCGCUCCCCAUCAGUGAGCACAGUCAGCAUUCUCACAAUCACAGCCUUGCUUGCGACUGUGCUCUUGCUGCCAGUCGAUGUCGCCUUAGUGUCAUCAACCACAUCUUCGAAAACAGGGAAGCGAAAAGACUGGGCUACUCAAGAUGAGGUUGACAAGAUUACCUUCUCCCUAACGGUCAUCUACUACUUGCUUUAUUCCUUGGAUGCUCUGCUCUGCCUGCUGGUGGUGCCGUUCACAUAUUUCUGGUAUGAGGAAUACGACGAGGUAGCCGCCUUGGAAGGUGAACAGUCGUUUGGACGACGAUUCUGGGGGGCUUUUAAGUAUACGAUAGCGUUUAUCAUCGUGGUCGUCGUGCUCUUACUAGUUGGGUUUUUUGUUCCCAUCUCAAGGAAGAAUGACAAUCUCGAUUUCGAUUUCUUCCGAAAAUUACUACUUGAAAACCAUGGUGAGCGGGCUCUCAUGUUCGCUCUCGGCGCGCUAACGACUAUUGGGAUAUGUAUUUAUGUCCUAUACACUUCUUCGGGCCUUGCUCUUCUCCCGAUCUCCCUCAUCAAGACCGCACCGUCUAUAGCCAACCCAUCGUUUAGAGCCAACACUAUCUCGCAACUGGAAAUGAACCGUGAACGCCAGCGUCAGCUAGAAGGUCGCUGCGCCGGUAAUCCCGAUCACCUAUCAUCCAAGGACCGUAGGGAGCUUGAUGCUCUGGUCCGAGAAGAGCGGACACUAAUACGGCGCCAGCGCCUCAUAGAAGAAACUCAAGGAGCAGGUAAAAGCUGGAUAAUACGAGUGUGGUUGAAGAUCGAAACAAUACUCAGACCAUUCAAGCUGCUGGUUGGAAUAGUCCUCCUUAUUAUUGCAUUACUAACGUGGGUGUCGAUGCUUCUUACCGCGAUUGAUAAAACCAAGAACUCCAUUUGCAAGCAGCGAUGUGGAUAUAUCCUCGGCAAUGUGAACAUCUUCAAUCCGGUAAACUGGAUCUUCGUUGAGACUGCAAAAGUCUUCCCGGUCGACUACGCCAUUUUUUCAAUCCUUGUGCUACUCUUUUUCAGCGGGUCUGUUGUUGGUAUUGCCACCAUCGGUAUCCGAUUUCUGUGGAUUAAGAUUUUCCAGAUACGCAGAGGCCAUACGUCCCCACAAGCUCUGCUUAUCAGCACAAUGAUGUUGACGUUGAUAACUCUCGCUCUGAACUACUCGAUCACAAUGAUCGUUGCCCCUCAAUACGCGACGUUUGGGCCACAGACAUUCUGCGAUCGCGCUUCUGGAUGGCUUGGUGGACAGCCUGACUGCAGAGAUAACAAGCAUUUGAUCAAGCCGUGCUCUGAAACGGCGGACAACCCUUCUGCAAAAGCGGUGUGUACGCCUAGUGUAGUCAGUACCAUAUUUAAUCGUGUGACAUCGAAUUUCCCUUUCUUCGGCGCGGUCUUUUUCUGGGCUCAGUUUGGAUUUCUCGGGAUCUAUCUCAUUGUCUUUACCACGACACUCUUCCGUUCACCCAAGCUGUCUGAAGACCAGAUUGAUGAGGAUGCUCAGGAAGCAGAAGAGGAAGGGCUAUUAGCUCGAACUGCCAGACGCUCUCAUCAGACGUUCUAAAGAAGUUGCUUACAAAGCCCAGGAGAAUUUGGCACGCAUGACACAGGCCGCCACCAAGUAACCACUCGACUCAUCAGCUCAUUAGCUCCUCGACUCGCCCGCUGGAAGGGAGGACGGAAAAGAGGGACCAGAGAUAGUAUGAGUACCCAUACUGGGAUAUUUGAAUCACGCAUAGUGCUACAGUCCCGGGUCUUCGAUACCUACACUUUUCUUGUGAAGCUGUUGGCCAUUUUCAAAACUUCAAUCUGCAUUGGUUCUAUAUGCAAUGCUGGGACAAGCUCCUGUCCGCUAUGACUAUUACGAUUUAGGGAUAUUGAACAUGUAAAUUAACGCGAAUGACAUGA